CAUCGACAGCCUUGUAUCCAGGCAGAAGUAGUAGAUCACGGUGGCUUAUCAAAACUGAGAGUGUGAGCUAGUCAGCUAACAAAUCUUAACGCGGACAGUCAACCUCCGUGGAGCUGCAAGAAAAACUAUCGGAAUAGUUUCAGUUGUACAGUGGAAAGCUUUAAAACUCGGCUGACUGAAAAACACCAACUGAAGGAACAACACGCUAUGCAGUCAUGAAACGGGUUCGCACUGAGCAGAUCCAGUAUGCUGUGGCUCAGUACCUUAAGAGGCGGCAGUAUGUGGACACCGACAGCUCCCUAAAAGGAGCCAGGCUCUUCCAGUCAGCUGAAGAGAUGGCCGCAAACUUGACAGUUCAAACAGAGUCAGGCUCUAACAACGUGGUCUCUGCUGCACCCUGUCAGUCUGACCCACAGCAGUAUGAGACACAGUACUCCAGGCUGCGCUGCUUUCUCUCAGAAGCAGAAAUUUCCUGGGCCCAAGAGGUCAGCAGCAUCCUCUAUCCUGUCUUUGUGUACCUCCACCUGGAUAUGGUGCGCUGUGGCUUGAAGGGGGCAGUAGAUGGCUUUUACAGUCGUUUCCAUGACACCUUUCUUCAGGACAAUGAACAGCGUGCUGUCAUAGAGCAGCUCCGGCAUGUUCUAACUGCACAGGACAUUGUAGCCAACCCCAAGUUGAGAGCUUUCCUGGAGCACAAGUAUGUGGUUCACCUGACAGAGCCGGCCUUUAGCUACCUGCUACGUUACCUGCAGAGUGAGGACAACAGUGCCCUCUGUAGAGCCCUUAGUACACACCUUCAGGUGGAGGUCACCGCCUCGAGACGUACAGACUACCAGCUAUACGGAGUUGCCGGUGGUUCGACAACUGCCCCAAACUCCACUUCCUCCUGGGUGGGAGUGGAUGGAGCAGAGGGCGGUCAAGGGUUGGAGGUUCCUGCAGGGAUCCCGCAGAGCGAGGCAGCCUUGGAGGCUCUGCAGGAUUGCAUCAAGAAGGUCCGUGAAGGCCCCCCUUCGCUCACCACCAUUUGUUUUUAUGCUUUCCAUCAUACGGAGCAGAUGCUGAACACUGCGGAAGUGUCGGCUGACAGCCGGCUGCUGGCGGCGGGUUUCGACAGCUCUACAGUGAAGCUGUGGAGCCUCCGAGCCAGAAAGCUGAAGGCCAGAUCCCAUCAGGCUGACGUGUCACGCAUCCACUUGGCAUGUGACGUAUUGGAGGAGGAAGUGGAUGAAGAGGAUGGCUGCGGCAGCGAGAUAAAAACGCUCCGAGGUCACAGCGGCCCCGUCUACCGCACCGCUUUCCUGACGGACAGCUCUGGCCUGCUGUCCUGCUCUGAGGACACCACCAUCCGAUACUGGGACCUGGGCAGCUUCACCAACACCACCCUCUACCAGGGCCACGCUUACCCGGUGUGGGACGUGGACGUCAGCCCCUGCAGUCUUUACUUUGCCAGCGGCUCACACGACCGAACGGCUCGUCUUUGGACGUUUUCUCGCACUUACCCUCUGCGUCUCUACGCAGGACACCUUUCAGAUGUUGACUGCAUCAAAUUCCACCCCAACUCCAACUACCUGGCCACGGGCUCCACAGACAAGACUGUCCGGCUGUGGAGCACCCAGCAGGGGGCGUCCGUCCGCCUUUUCACCGGCCACCGCGGCCCCGUGCUAUCGCUGGCCUUCUCGCCUAACGGGAAGUACCUGGUGUCUGCUGGUGAGGAUCAGCGCGUAAAGCUUUGGGAUUUGGCUUCAGGGACUCUGUUCAAAGACCUGCGUGGACACACGGACAGCGUCACCAGUCUGUCCUUCAGCCCGGACAGCAGCCUGGUGGCGUCGUCUUCUAUGGACAACUCUGUCCGGGUGUGGGACAUCCGUAACGCCCAUGGCGGGACGCCUGCUGAUGGCUCGUCCGGUGAACUGGUGGGAUUGUACACGGGAAACACCAGCAACGUGCUCAACGUCCAGUUCAUGGCCUGUAACCUGCUGCUGGUGACGGGAACGGCUCAGGAGAAAACGGAGCAGUGACCGCGAAGAAAAACUCGACUUGUUUCCAGACAUUUCUUUAGAGAUAGUUUGUUUUGUUUGUAUAAAUCACCACGUGCACAAGAGUCUGAGUCAUGUUUUCCUCGUUAAUGAAAAAGAAAUAAAAAAAAAAAAAGCUCAUUUUGUUUUCUGAAGAUGUCCAUCUCACUCUU